AGUGAGUCGUCACCUCUUGUCCCACAUCCGGCUGAACUGGAUCACGGAACUAGAGCUUGUUAUUUACUCAGUUUAACAUUGUUACUAAUGAUAACCAUUAAAUAAACUGUUUCAAGCGUUCAGAUGUGCGAUUAGCUUUCUAGUUAACUGGGCAACAACUUCAACAGGGAGAGUAUCAUCCAGCAAAAUGUUGUCUGAAGGCAGUUCAUUUUUCAAGGGCAUGGUUCUAGGAGGAGUCUUCUGUUUAGUUUUGUCGCUUUUGGGAACCUUUAGUCCAACAAUACCUCUUCACGCAGAAGACCACCACAACCAUCAUCACCAUCUCAAACCCCUCAGCAAAGAGGAGAUGCAAAAGUUAAGCGAGACUGAGAAGUCUGGCCUCUCCCAGCAGGUGCGGGUGUAUUGUGUAAUUAUGGUGACACCUAAGCUCCUGCAGUACUGGGUGGCAGUCAAUGACACUUGGAGCAAACACUGUGAUAAGGCUGUUUUCUACACGUCAGAAUCAGCCAAAGUAAUAGAUGCUAUUGAUCUGAAGGAAAAGGACGAGUGGGUUAGGCUGCGUAAAGCGAUCACGCACGCAUAUGAGCAUGCAGAUGGCCUCCGCUGGUUCUUCAUCGCCCGGCCUACGACUUUCAGCAUCAUCGAGAACCUUAAAUAUCUAGUUCUGGUUAAAGAUCCCAGUCAGCCUUUUUACAUUGGCCAUGUGGAGAAGUCGGGUGAGCUGGAGUACGUGGGGUAUGACAGUGGCAUUGUGCUUAGCCAUGAGGCUGUGAAAAGACUCCUUGAAAUUUUUAAUGAUGAGGAAAAAUGCCCUGAGCAAGGCUAUAGCUUGUGGAAGCUGAGUGAAGAGAAGCAGCUUGCUACAUGCCUGAAGUUCAGCGGUGUGUUUGCUGAAAAUGGAGAAGAUGCUCAUGGCAAAGGGCUGUUCAACAAAAAGAGUGUGAACACGCUCAUUUCUGACAGCAUGAGCCAGAACCCUGAUGAUGUUGUGGAGGCGUGUUGCCCUGACAUGGCCAUCACAUACGGGGGCAUGUCCCCCAGCCAGAUGCAGGUCAUGAUGUAUGGAGUUUACAGGCUGAGGGCAUAUGGACACAACUUUCAUGAUUCCUUAAUGUUUUUACCUCCAAAGAACUCGGACAAUGACUAAUCACCGACAUUGACACUACCGAUGCACCAAAAAAGGUUGUAUAAUGGACAGUGCUAAAAUUCACAGUGCCAGAGGAUUUAUGCACCACUGUGAACUGUUAGUUAAAAGAAAUGUGGUAAAGGAAUUUUUAAUAAAUAAAGUUUAAUAAUGCUCCUAGUUAGCAUUAUUCAACUUUGCUAUAGCUCCAAGAGAGUGCUAAACAUGCUGUAAUGUACAGUCGAUUUAGGACACGUUUCUGUUUCUGUUCCAACGUAACUUUUUUUU